UUUUUCUUCCAGAUUGGAAGGACACGUUAGAUCACGAUGGCUCUGGCAGACAGUGCAAGCUGUGCCAAACCCAAUGAGGACUUCCCUUUCCCUGAGAUCAUUGAACUCAACGUGGGUGGACAAGUCUACAUCACUCGCCAUCCUACCCUGGUCAGUGUGCCUGGCUCACUGCUCUGGGAAAUGUUCACGCAGAAGAAUAUCCGCUCCUUGGCUCGUGACAGCAAGGGACGGUUCUUUGUGGAUCGGGAUGGCUUCCUCUUCCGUUACAUCUUGGAUUACAUGAGGGACCAGCAGCUAGUGCUGCCUGACCACUUCCCAGAGAGGAGCCGCCUGCAGCGAGAAGCUGAGUACUUCAUGUUGCCAGAGCUGGUGAAGAUGCUGGCCCCCAAACUCAGCAAACAGAACUCUCUUGGAGAUGAUCCAUGCCAAAGUGACCCGGAGGAGCUGUCGCCCAAUGCUGAUGCCACACGCAAUCUACCUUCUGCCAGUGCCACACUCCCCAGCGCUCCAGCUGGUGGUCCUGGGGGCUCAGUGGCUGCCAGCACAGGUGCUGCUGGCACUGAAAUCCGCAGGUCAGGUUUCAUCACCAUCGGCUACCGGGGCUCCUACACCCGGGGCAGGGACAGCCAGACGGAUGCCAAGUUCCGCCGGGUGGCCCGGAUCAUGGUUUGUGGCAAGACAUCCCUGGCCAAGGAAGUCUUUGGGGACACCUUGAACGAGAGCCGGGACCCGGACAGGCCUCCGGAGAGGUACACCUCCAGGUACUACCUCAAGUUCACCUUCCUGGAGCAAGCCUUUGACAGACUGGCUGAUGCUGGCUUCCACAUGGUGGCUUGCAACUCCACGGGCACCUGUGCCUUUGCCCAUGACCAGACAGAUGACAAGAUCUGGACCUCUUACACCGAAUAUGUUUUCUAUCGUGAGUGACACCAAAAAAACAAAACACC